AUGACAGACUACGUCACGGCAGACGCACCCUCGUCGUCGGCUUCCAUAGUGCCGGAGGCAACAGCGACAACACCAAUGACGAGUAAGGAGGAAGCGAAAUCGGUUGAACCAGCGGCCGGGGCAUCCAAGAUGAAACCCCAAUUAUCUGCCCGGUCGAGCGCGGAUGGGAAAGACCGUGGGGGAGGUGGAGUAGAGACUCGUCCUUCUUCCGCCGAUGUCGAUGAUCGUCGGAGUAGCAACGGCAGGGGGGUAUCACGGGGAAAUGGCGGUGCGAAUGUCAGUCAAGCUAGCAGUGUAUCCGGACAUAAUGGGAAUGCCACUGCUACCACUGGAGGAGGGGCGCAGAGUGGUGGAACCACGGGCAGGAAGCAGCAGACUUCCUUCUUCUCCGGGAGUAAGAUCAAGCAUCUGAAGAAACCGGAUGGUGUCCCGCUUUGGCGGAAGGAUAUCCAGUAUGAGUUCUUGCAAGCAAUAUUCACCGAUGAUAAACCGGUUUUUACGAACUCGUAUGAUAGACGGGUUCGUCGGACGUUCGCAGACGUCUAUAUCGAUGCUAUGGCUCGGAGUAGCAAGACUAGUAAGAUUUUGAGGGAUAAGCUUACAAGUGAGAGACCUAAUGCGCUGAAUAUGGCAAUGGUUUGUUUGCUGGUUAAUGUCGGGAGGAUGAAUACUACCUUGAAUUUCUUCCCUGAAAUGAAAGCUCAGCUUAGGACGUACCACUCCAUCCCCUCGUUGCAAUCGUAUACGGAUACACACGCCUACAAGCAACUCCAGGAUGCUCCCCGUCUUAAGUCUAUCCUCAAGGGUGCUUGCGAGGAUCGAAAGGAACCAGUAACGUUGGACCAGCUCAUAACACUCCCGAUUCCACGUACAAACCCUAUAAACCUAGUUUUCCUACUCUCGACCUAUGCCCCCAAGAUCUCGGAGCUCCAUUUCCCGGAGUCGCGGGAUUUUUACGACCUGGUUAUGAGGAGCACUCUUUCCAGCAAGAGCAGGGCUAGGGCCUUCCUCUGGCUGAUGUGGUGGUAUCUUGAGGGUGACUUUGACACCGAAUCAGCGAUGAAGAACCCCUUUGGCCAAGGCCAGGAAGCGAAGGAUGGGGGUGUGCCUUGUAGAGUCCCUCAGUUUGAGCACUUGACGGAGGAGCAAGCUGCCAAGGAGAACGUCGACGCCGACGCGGAAAUUGAGUUUGGUGAGAAGAUGCGACUCGAGCGGAAGAAAGGGUUAAAUGACUGGUACAUCUGCUAAAGGAAUAUACGCAGAGUUGCUGGAGAACAAUGACAACACUCCCGCGCCCUCUACAGGGAAGAAGGUGAAGAAACGUAAGUUGUGCCCGCAGCUCCGGUUUCUGGUCGCAUUGCCGGUGAUCCCUCAACGCGUCUGACACCCGUGAUAGCAAUUGCGCCGUCUCCCGAAGAUGACGAGCAAUCAGCAGCUGGAGGUUCGCCACCCACAAACACGUCUGCAUCAGGAAGAAGGAAUGGGCCACACAUGUUGGCUGCAUUCCUGAACUCCUAAAUGACUUUUGUGUUGAAAUAUUUACGCGUUUUUAUAGGUUCUGUGCGGAAUCCGGCUCGUAAGAGACGGGACUAUCUAAAUCCUGUGGAUUAUCAGUACGAAUACGACUCCGAGAACGGGACUCGCCAGGGUUCUCCCGACGGGUCAAUGACUCCUAGUGGGAAUUCGCUUGAGGUGCCAAUCAGGGGCCGCGGUGGACGUCCCAAGGGCUCUGGCAAACGUGGAGUGGAUGGAGAAGUCAAGAAUUCUACUCCUCGUAUUACUCUCAGAAUGGGAUCAAAGGCCUCCGGCGACGCAUCGGGACAUAGUCUUACUGCCGCCCGGUCGAUAGCUCCGUCUACAGGCUCACUGGACCGCGGAACCCCACUCGGCACAGAGCGGGGAUACCGUUCUCGACCAUUGACUUCUCACCAACUCGCAGUGCAACAAAACCGUAAAGACAGGGCAGAGUACCUUAUCAACCGCAGACUCAAGCGUCUCGAUCGCAAAUCUCGCAAAGCCCGCCUUCGGGAGGGCGCCAUUUCCCGCUGCUGGCGUAGGAUAAAGCACAUGGAGGACCCAUUUGCAAAGUCCGAUGAUGAGCAUGAGGUUCACUCCGUAAAGCCAAUCAUACGCUCAACCCCAGCUGUUGCCGCCCCUCCCACAACUGCCACCGAAACCGAUGACACAGCAAACACCGCUGCUAACACCGAAAGCAACAACAAAUCCGCAGAUCCCAAAGACCCCGCUGCAGUAGCAAACUCAACAACUGAUUCCCCAACUGAGCCAAUGGACGUGGACUCCGAUCUCCCACCUGUCAAGAAGAUCAAAACUGAGCAUGCUAACGAGCAUCACUCUUCGAAGCGCUACGGGAACGGAACUGCGCAUCGUGGGAUCGCGGGGCUUGCGCCGACUGACACAGAAGAGGACGAUUACGGCGAGGAGGCUCUUGCGCUUGCGGCGGCGAUCAGGAGGUCGAAGAGGCGGUUGGAGCGGUGGGAGGAGGAG